AUGGCUUCGAGCGAGUUCGCCGUCAGUUUCGCCGGGAAAGCUUACGACCUCCGGCACUUCGUCAGAGACCACCCCGGCGGGGUCAACACUCUGGAGAAGUUCCGCGGGAAGCCCAUAUCGCAAGUGAUGAGGGCGUACGGACACAGUCGCAGUGCGUACCACAUGCUGAAUGACUUCCAAGUGGCCAGUGGCAAGGAUGUGAACCUCACGGGGGGUGUUAGUGCUAACGGCAGGAUCAUUACUAAGGACGAGGCGGAUAAGGACGAGCAGCAGAUCGCAUUCUUAGAGGAGCUCGAGAGCAGACUGGACUGGUCUAAGCCUCUGCUGUGCCAGUUGCACAAGAUCGCGCCCCACUACGAGCAGUGGGUCAACAGCGCCGUGUACCGCAAGUGCCGGCUCUUCAGCAGCCCCGUGCUGGAGAGCUUGACCUUCACGCCGUGGUACAUCGUGCCCAUGUUCUGGAUCCCCAUCAUUGUGAGCCUGGGCGUGUUGCAGUUUCUUGAUCACGUGUAUUGUGGAGGUUCGUGUGAGGAAGCUACCAUGUCGGGGUUCGAGUUCAUAGGCCACGUGGUGUUCGGCGUGUUCCUGUGGAGCCUGCUGGAGUACUCGCUGCACCGCUGGGUGUUCCACUACGACCCGGGCUCCUCCGUCAUACUCAUACAGAUACAUUUUCUGAUACAUGGAAUGCAUCAUAAGGUACCCUUCGACGGGCUGAGGCAAGUUUUUCCCCCGCUGCCGGCGCUGUUCCUGGCCUGCAUCCUCUACCUGCCCGUCUCCAUGGUGCUCGCCUUCCCGUUGACCAAGUUGACCGGCGCACUUAUAGGCUACCUGGCGUACGAUAUGAUGCACUACUACGUGCACCACGGCGCGCCGCGCAACGGCACUUACCUGUACGCGAUGAAGCGGUACCACUCCAACCACCACUUCCACAACCACGACAAAGCAUUCGGCAUCAGCAGUAAACUGUGGGACCAUAUCUUCAAAACUCUUGUGCAAGUUAAAAAUCUGGGAUUCAGCUUGCAUUGGUAGCCGGUGGGAAAGUAUUUAACGGUGACUUUACAUGUCGCUGGUAUUCAACGACAUUAUACAACGUGUAAAUGAAAACCGA